UAGCUUUGGCCUUAACUUGGUGGUUAGGAAUCUAUUAGACUAGCUAGAAAAUUUUAUGCGAGCAUAUUAAAUUUCUCAAUAAUCAAAGCUGGAGUUAACCUAACUAGCUAGUUACUUGAAGAUUAAAGAAAGAAACAACGUCGAGAGCAAAGGAAAGAGUACUAUAUAUAUGACAUCGAGUCGAAGAGCUAAAUAUAAACAAAUCGAAAAGAGUGAGAGUGAGAGAGGCUGCAUACAGCAUCUCAGUAUUGCUUCUAGGAAAGUGGCUCUGCUUGCUGCUGCUUGAAGCAAACAAUUGCCGUUCUCCAGUACAGGCCAAGCAAAUUGCAAUAGAUGGGAGAAAUUCGCUCACCAUAUUUUUCACUUGGCCAAAAUUACUUCGGAGAUAAUUCUGAUCAUAUUCAUUCACCGUACAUUUCAUAUGGCGGAGAGGACUAUCAUGGAGACUAUGCCGAAAUUCAUCCACCAUAUUCUUCAGCCGGAGACUACCGUGGAGAUAAUGCUGAGAUUCAUUCACCAUAUUCUUCAGCCGGAGACUACCUUGCAGAUAAUACUGAAAUUCAUUCUGAAGCAUUGUUUCAUCAACAUAUUUCUGGAAAUUCAUACAAUGCACAACAAUUUGUUAAGCAUGGAAAAGUAACCCGUCGUGUUAUAGGACCUUGGAAUUAUGAACAAGAGAGUGUUGUGUGCAUCUACAGAGUUGGCAAGGCACUUCGCAAAUCAAACGAAGCCAUGUACAGUCCUCAACAAAUUUCUAUAGGCCCUAUUCACCACGGCAACGAAAAUCUGCGUUUAAUGGAAAGGAAAAAGUCUAAAUACUAUGGAGAGUUCUGGAAAGGCAGGGUGUCAAAGGAAAAGGAACUGGAAGGGGCUAAGAGCGAGUUUCGGGCUGCCCUGCGAGAAGAUGAAAAUACGAUCCGCCAAUGUUAUGAAGAUGAUUCCCAUGAAAUUGAAAAAUCUGAAGACUUUCUGGAUCUGAUUCUGUACGAUGCUGUAUUCAUCUUCGAGCUAUUCCUCAAGUACAGAGAAGGUAGAGAGAAGUAUAUAAAAGAUUCUAUAUUGAAAGAACCAUGGUUGAGGUUGGCGAUUCGACGGGACUUGAUUUUGUUUGAAAACCAGCUUCCAUUCUUUAUUCUUGAGAAAUUACAUGAACUUCUUCCAAAAAACAUUAAAGGAGAACACACGGAUUUUAAAGCUCUUGCUUGUUCCUAUUUUAAACCCCACCUUCGAAGUAACUUAUCUCCUGCAGAAACAAUGCCAAAGCAUUUCACUGAUUUGGUAAGAUCUUUACUAUCCUUCACUCAAAAUGGCAAGUCUGUAGAACUAAUCAAAAGCUUUCACAGUGCAACCAAGCUACGCCAAGCAGGAGUUAAGUUUAAGGUUCCACGAGAACGUAACUGCUUACUUGAUGUGGAUUUCCGUAGAUUGGGAACGGAGUUUCACAUACCACAGCUUGAGAUAGACGGCAACACUGAACGUCUCUUCAGAAACCUUAUGGCCAUGGAGAAGCGUCUUUAUCCAGGACAAGAGUACGUCUGCCAUUACAUCAACCUAUUGAGUAUUCUUGUUGUCAAACCUAAAGAUGCGAAACUCCUAAUGGAAAAUAAAAUUGUAACUUAUUGCAAAGACGAAGUUGCAGUGAGGGACCUGAUUUGCAGUCUUGCAUCAUCAAGCACGACUGAUCUCCAUUCCUGUUAUCACGACAUCUUUUCGGCGGUGGAUGAUUAUUAUAAAAGCUCCGGGGCCAAAAACCCCGCAUACUUUAUAGAGGAGUUUUUCGGGAAUUUUUGGAAAGGUGUUGGAACGGUUAGUGCAGCUAUCCUCCUCAUCCUCACUUUGGUACAAACAAUUUGUGCGAUCCUUGGCCUGCGCUAGUACUCCAAGCGUGGAUCAAGUCAAUCCAGAGCCUGUGUAGUUUUAUUUCUCCUGUUUGUUGGCUUUUGUUGUGUUGUGCUGUGGAUUUUAUGUU